UAUUAUGUCUGACGAUUUUGACGAUGAUUUAUACAAUGCUUACAAUAGGGCAGAGAAAGAAGAUGAUUUUGAUGAGAAUGAAUUGUAUGGAAGAGAAGCAGCAGAAUAUAAAGAGGAUGAAGAAGAACAUGAUUCACCACCUCCAUCCUCAUCAUCACCACAGCAACAACAGAUGAAUACAGGCGACAAUCAGAAUAUGUGGGGAUAUCGACCUAACCCAUAUCAGCAAUAUUUAGCAGCUUACCAAAUGAGUUUGCAACAACAGAUGAUGCAUCCUUACCAGAUGCAAAUGAUGAGGCAAUACACGAUGCAACAAUACAAACCCAAACCUACAAAAGAAACAGAUAAACCUAUUGUAGCCAGUGCAGCAAAUACAGAUGAAGGGUAGGUAGUUUAUGGUAGAUAUUUCUUGACUCAUGAUGGAUUAGCAAGAUGUUUAUUGGCGGUCUCAACUGGGAUACAUCAGAUGAAAGCUUGCGCGACUACUUUUCUCAGUUUGGCCCAGUGGUAGAGUGCAUUGUGAUGCGUGAUCCACUGACACAACGAUCCAGGGGCUUUGGAUUCUUGACGAUGAAGGAAAAUGCAGAUGUAGACAAGAUUGUCAGUCAAGAACAUCAUUAUUUGGAUGGCAAACGCAUUGAUCCUAAACGUGCUAUUCCCCGUGAAGAACAAGACAAGACAGAAAAGAUCUUUGUGGGUGGUAUCUCUCCUGAAGUGAAUGAAGAGGAAUUCCGUACCUUUUUCUCACAAUUUGGUACAGUAUUAGAUGCUACAUUGAUGUUGGAGCGAGAUACAGGUAGACCCCGUGGAUUUGGAUUCAUCACAUUUGAAGACAGUCAAGGUGUAGAAGAAGCACUCAAGAAUCCACAUUUAUCUAUCAAAGACAAGACCGUAAGUUAAGUAGGAUUGUAGAGUGGUAUUGAUAUCAUGACUUAGAUUGAAGUGAAAAGAGCCAUGCCUAAAGGGAAACAAAAUCGUCAUGCUAAUUUUAGACCCAAUCAGCGCUAUCAAUCUGCUAUGCGAUAUAACAUGUAUCCACCUCAAAUGGCAGCACCAUAUUAUCCUUCUGGUUUUGAUCAACGUCGUAACAACAGAAAUGAAGGAGGACCUGUUCAUCCUUCAUCCUCAAGACAAUCUCAUUAUCGUCCUUACUAAAAAAAAAA